UAUGAAUACUCGCAAUCGUAACCGUCAGGCAUCCCCAUCUCUUUCUCCUCCUCGUCAGCACCAGGCCGCUCCGGCCAUGGACCUUACUCAGCUUAUCAUUCAGUUCCAAAGGAUGAAUGCACCAACCUUUGCGGGGACUGAGAACCCCACAGCGGUGCUAGAGUGGAUCAAAGAACUUGAAAAGAUCUUUACUGUACUUCCCCUCCCUGAUCGUCAGCGGGUAUCCCUUGCAGCUUACCAGAUGAAGGAGGACGCUUCCGACUGGUGGAUUGACCACUGGGCUCGGAGGCCAGAGGCGGAGCUCCAUGCACUCUCUUGGGAGCAAAUGAAGAUAAUGGUGCGCAGCAAGUUCCUUUCCCAGAGCUUUUGGGACAGAAUGGAGCAUGAGUUUUACCACUUGCAGCAGGGCAGCUCCACGGUGGAUGAGUAUAUCCGCACCUUCACUCGCAUGUGCCUUUUUGGGGGCGACGCAGUGAACACCGAUGCCAAGAAGGCCCGCAUGUUUCUCAAGGGGCUCAACCAGAGGAUCCGUGAACUGGUGGGGAGUCAUGGACUGAUGUCCUAUGCUGACACCGUGAGUCGAGCUCAGGAGGUCGAGAGUUGUCUCAUUCCAUUGGCUCCAGUUCCUUCUUUCUAUCAUGCCUCCCAGCCAUCCCAGGCCAUUGUCCAGCAUGCUCAGCCCCUCCCGUCUGUGCAGCCCGGCUCUAGUUCGGGCAAGAGAAAAUCUGAUUAUCAGAACAAGAAGAAGGGCAAGAAGGGAAAUUUUGGCAGACGCGACGACCGACCCACCCAGGGUCAACUGCCGAGGUGCCCUAAGUCAGACCAGCGAGCUUGUUACAAUUGCAACCGUCCGGGCCAUUAUGCAAGUGUCUGUCCUGAGCCCAAGAGGCAGCAGCA